CGAAGAACCAGCUCAGUCAGCAAUUCGUCGACCAUCCAGCCUGUGUUACGCACCGGUGAGGUAAAUUAUUCUUACGCCGAAGGCUACAGCACAUUACAGCUAGCUAAACUCAGUCAUGAAGGCCUGCCUGUGGAUAUCCUUGCUCUCCCUAGUCGCAGUGGCAUAUGGAGCCUCAGUUGCCACAGAAACUGCGGUUCCCAAUCUAGUUCUCACAAAAGAAAUGCAAGCUGAGGUUGUGCAAGAAGCUGGCAAGAGUCUCGAGACGCUCGGCAAGAUUUUGCAAGGCAAAGACGUUGCUUCAACUAAAGAAGAGCAAGAUGAAGUGCUGCAAGUCCUGCGUGCCCUCACCUCAGACGAAGCACUGAGCGACGAUGCAGCAGAAUACAUCUGGCCCAUAAUUGCUCGUGGCGUGGUGCAAGGAGGCGUAGCGCAUGGAGUCCACAAGUGGCUCAACAGGAGGGCAUAGACAAAGUCCGCGCCAGUAAAGUUUUUCCGCGUUGAGUAAUAUUUUGUUCCUUGAAAAUGUUUUCAUGUACACCUGUUUAUGCAUAAGAUGCUCGAACUGCUUCGUGCGACUGGAAAAUAAUAAAAUCAAAUAAAUUGUGACUGAA